UUAAUAUUGGAAGAUUUUUAUUACAUAAAGCACAUUGAACAACAGGAAGUCAGUUGGAAGCUGGCACAGAGUCUUCUGUAAACACAGGAGAAAGAAAGAAUGGAAGCUGUGCAAGAGACUCUGCUGAACUUGUUUUGGUCUUUGCUGCCUGAGAGUUUCUCUCAAGCUUUCUACUUGACAGUUCUUUUAAGCCUUACCUAUGUGAUCCUGAAAGCCAUCCAGUUAUAUCAGAGGAAACAGAACCUGGUCAAAGUACUCAGAAGUUUUCCAGGACCACCUACCCACUGGUUGUACGGCCAUAUCAAAAUGCUGAACGCUGAGGAAGAGCUUCCCAACAUUGCAGCAUGGGCAGAAAAAUAUCCACAUUGCCAUCCACUGUGGUAUGGAGGAUUCUUAGUCUACCUGAACGUCAACCACCCUGAAUAUGCAAAGACUGUAUAUAGCAGAGGCGAUCCUAAAUCUAGUGUAACAUACGACUUCUUAAUUCCUUGGAUUGGUAAGGGAUUGCUCCUCCUGAGUGGAUCCAAAUGGCAGCAGCACCGGAAGCUUCUGACUCCAGGAUUUCAUUAUGAUAUCCUGAAGCCUUAUGUAACUCUAAUGGCAGAUUCCGUCCAAGUGAUGCUGGAUAAAUGGCAAAAACUGGUCCCCAAAGAUACUACAGCAACAGUGGAGAUGUUCAAACAUGUCAGCCUGAUGACUCUUGAUAGCAUCAUGAAAUGUGCUUUCAGCUAUCAGAGCAAUUGUCAGACAGACAGGGAUAAUCCCUACAUUAAUACUGUCCUUGAUCUCAGCUUCAUGUUUGAUCAGCAACUGAAGACACCUUUAUUCCAUUAUAAACUCAUAUAUUGGUUGAGCUCCCAAGGACGUCAGUUUUACAAGGCUUGCAAAGUAGCCCAUCUUCACACAGAUAAUGUAAUAAGAGAGAGAAAGGAGUCCCUCAAGAAUGAACAAGAACUUGAGAAAAUCCUAAAGAAGAGGCGUUUGGACUUUCUGGACAUUCUUCUUUGUGCAAAGGAUGAAAAUGGAAAUCCGUUAUCAGCUGAAGACUUACGUGCUGAGGUGGACACGUUCAUGUUUGAAGGCCAUGAUACUACAGCUAGUGGAAUCUCUUGGCUCUUCUAUUGUAUGGCCCAGAACCCUGAACAUCAGCAGAGAUGCAGAGAAGAGAUAAUGGAGCUUCUUGAGGAUCAAAGGAAUAUUCAAUGGGAAGAUCUGGGGAAGAUGACUUACUGUACGAUGUGCAUUAAAGAGAGUCUUCGCCUUUAUCCUCCAGUACCUCUAAUAGGUCGAGAACUGAAUAAACCUGUAACAUUUCAUGAUGGACGAACCUUACCAAAAGGAUUCCUUGUUUCACUGAGUAUUUAUGGACUUCAUAGAAAUUCUGAGAUUUGGGACGAUCCUGAGCUCUUCAAUCCUCUAAGAUUUUCCCCAGGCAAUACAGAACAUCGCCACCCAUAUGCUUUCCUUCCUUUUGCUGCUGGUCCAAGGAAUUGCAUAGGGCAGCAAUUUGCUAUGAAUGAGAUGAAAAUUGCUCUUGCCUUGACGCUUCUGCGGUUUGAGUUGUCUCCUGAUCCUUCCCACCACCCCAUUCCCAUUCAACAGGUUGUUACCCGGUCCAAGAAUGGGAUAUAUCUGAAUCUGAAGGCUCUCUCCUGAUGCUUGACAUUACAACAAUUGUUAUGUUUCAUUACUUCCAGUUCCUAAGAAUAAAAAUGGUAGACUCCAUAAAUAUAAGUACUGACCAGGGUACAUUUGCUCUUUUAUAGACUGUUCCUUAAACUAGCCCAUUGUUUAUGGAGUCUUUUAGAAUUGAGGCUGGACAUUGUUUGUUUAUUUUUUAAUUUUUACAAUUUAUAUCCCACUCUCCCUCCAAGGAGCCCAGAGCGGUAUACUACAUACUUACACUUCUCCUCACAACAACCCUGUGAAGUAGGUUAGGCUGAGAGAGAAGUGACUGGCCCAGAGUCAGCCAGCAAGUAUCAUGGCUGAAUGGGGAUUUGAACUCGGGUCUCCCCGGUCCUAAUCCAGCACUCUGACCACUACACCACACUGGCUCUCACGCUGUUGCAGUGUUAUCACAAUGUAGUCAGAAUUCUAGAGCAGUGGUGCAGUGCUGCAGGGGCAGGUAGGAUCACAGUCCUGAUCCUUUUUUUCUUCCAGGGUCUCGGCAAGGGUUCAAAGUCCUUUGCUUUAUAAAUGGAAAUAGUAUCCUGCUCUUGCUAUUACAAUGAAUAGAAUAGUAAUCCAAUAAUUACAUAAUUGUUGUAAUUACAUAAUGUAUUGUAAUUAUGUAAUACAAUAAUUACAUAAUUGAAUAUCACUCAAAAGGCCAAAUUCGCCUUUUGCAUGACUGACCAGCAAUAUCCAUGUCAAAGAAAACACGGAGGAACAGUCAGGUGGAAUCCAUACAUCCCAGUCUACAGAGCAACUCUCUAACCAUCUUGUUUCAAGAUGGCAGAUUGAAAUGCCACUGCCCCUGUUAGGACCUCCUCAAACCCACUCCCAUGUUUUGUAAAUCUGGUACAGGGGCAUAUCUACAGGCCCAGCACGUGCCUGGGCGCCACUUUAAGGGGGGGCGCCAUUUAUUUAUUUAUUUUAAAUGGCCACCGAAAACAAA